GCUCAGCUGAAACCCGAGCUCCCGCUCAGCUGGGGCUGGGGAGGUCCCUGCAAGAGCCGCCUGCCCAGCGCGUCCCUCCGCGGGCUCCGCAGUCACUUGGGCACCGGGAACGAUGGAGCUGGACCGCUGGGCGCAGUUGGGACUCACGUUCCUGCAGCUCCUCCUCAUCUCGUCCUUGCCAAGAGAAUACACAGUCAUUAACGAAGCCUGCCCCGGAGCCGAAUGGAACAUCAUGUGUCGAGAGUGUUGUGAAUACGAUCAGAUUGAAUGUGUCUGUCCCGGAAAGAAGGAAGUCGUGGGCUACACCAUCCCAUGUUGCAGGAAUGAGGACAACGAAUGUGACUCCUGCCUGAUUCACCCGGGUUGCACCAUCUUUGAAAACUGCAAGAGCUGCCGGAAUGGCUCGUGGGGGGGCACGCUGGACGACUUCUACGUGAAGGGGUUCUACUGUGCCGAGUGCAGAGCUGGCUGGUAUGGGGGAGAUUGUAUGAGGUGUGGCCAGGUUCUUCGAGCUCCAAAGGGUCAGAUUCUAUUGGAGAGCUACCCCUUAAAUGCUCACUGUGAGUGGACCAUUCACGCCAGACCUGGAUUUAUCAUCCAGCUGAGGUUUGGCAUGCUGAGCCUGGAGUUUGACUACAUGUGCCAGUAUGACUAUGUUGAAAUUCGUGAUGGGGACAACAGCGACAGUCCCAUUAUCAAGCGUUUCUGUGGCAAUGAGAGGCCAGCUCCCAUCCGUAGCACGGGCUCUUCACUCCAUGUCCUCUUCCACUCUGAUGGCUCCAAGAAUUUUGAUGGUUUCCAUGCCAUCUUCGAGGAGAUCACAGGUAAAGGCCACGCAUGUUCUUCAGCCCCUUGUUUCCACGAUGGCACCUGUGUCCUUGAUGCAGCUGGGUCUUACAGGUGUGCGUGCCUGGCCGGCUAUACGGGGCAGCACUGUGAAAACCUCCUUGAAGAAAAAAAUUGCUCAGACCUGGGGGGACCAGUCAAUGGGUACAAGAAAAUAACAGGAGGCCCUGGACUUCUCAAUGGGCACCAUGUGAAACUUGGCACAGUUGUGUCAUUCUUUUGCAACAACUCCUAUGUUCUUAGUGGCAGUGAGAAGAGAACUUGCCAACAGAACGGACAGUGGUCAGGGAAACAGCCUGUCUGCAUCAAAGCCUGCCGAGAACCAAGGGUCUCAGACUUGGUGAGAAGGAGAGUUCUCCCGACGCAGGUUCAGUCAAGGGAGACACCGUUACACCAGCUUUACUCCACAGCCCUCAGCAAGCAGAAACUGCAGGACACCCCUGUCAAGAAGCCAGCCCUUCCCUUUGGAGACCUGCCCACCGGGUACCAGCAUCUGCACGCACAGCUCCAGUACGAGUGCAUCUCGCCCUUCUACCGCCGCCUGGGCAGCAGCCGGAGGACGUGCCUGCGGACUGGGAAGUGGAGUGGGCGGGCCCCGUCCUGCAUCCCCAUCUGUGGGAAAAUCGAGAAUGUUGCUUCUCCAAAGACCCAAGGCACGGGCUGGCCGUGGCAGGCAGCCAUCUACCGGAGGACCAGUGGUGGGCACGAUGGCAGCCUGCACAAAGGCGCCUGGUUCUUGGUCUGCAGUGGUGCCCUGGUGAAUGAACGCACCGUGGUGGUGGCUGCCCACUGUGUUACUGAUUUGGGAAAGGUCGCCAUCAUUAAGACAGCAGACCUGAAGGUCGUCUUGGGGAAGUUCUAUCGGGAUGAGGACCGAGAUGAGAAGACCAUCCAGAGCUUACGGGUAUCUGCCAUCAUACUGCAUCCCAACUACGACCCUAUCCUGCUUGAUGCUGACAUUGCCGUUCUGAAGCUCCUGGACAAGGCUCGCAUCAGCAGCCGGGUGCAGCCCAUUUGCCUGGCUGCUGCCCGGGACCUCAGCACCUCCUUCCAGGAGUCUCACAUCACCGUGUCUGGCUGGAACAUCCUGGCCGAUGUGAGGAGCUCUGGUUUCAAGAAUGACACGCUGCACUCCGGAAUGGUCAGGGUGGUGGACUCGCUGCUGUGCGAGGAGCAGCAUGAAGACUACGGCAUCCCCGUUAGCGUCACUGACAACAUGUUCUGUGCCAGCCAGGACCUGAGCACCCCUUCUGAUAUCUGCACUGCCCAGACAGGGGGUAUUGCUGCUAUGCCCUUUCCAGGUCGAGCAUCCCCCGAGCCUCACUGGCAUCUGGUGGGGCUGGUCAGCUGGAGUUAUGACAAAAGCUGUAGCCAUAGCCUAGCCACAGCCUUCACCAAGGUACUGCCUUUCAAAGACUGGAUUGAGAGAAACAUGAAAUGAGCUAGCCACAGGCUCCCAGAGAAGCUUUCUCCAGCAGCCAUCUGUCCUUGUGCUGUAGACACAGUGCAGACCUGAAGUUGAUUUGACCCAUGAACUUGGCUAUGACAAAGCUUCUGAUUUCAGGGACAGAACUCAGUGGAAGGUGAGUGGAACUUGCUUUCUGCUUCUCUGACUGCCUGGAAACCAUCUGAAAGAUGCCAGGGCUUGCAAGAACUGUGUUUCUUCAAAGACCAUGUGAAUAGAAAAGAAAACCUCCCCAACCUUCUCUGCCUUUGAAUGAGGUGGAUGUCAUGGUCAGCUCUCAUCGAGAGGGUUGACCUAAGGAGGGCUGGACUCUUUUGAGGCUCUAGUCAAGCCAAGUUCCAAAGAGCCACCUGCAGAACAGCUCAGGGCAGCAGGGUAGGGGGAGCGGGGACAGUAGAUGUGGCCCGUGCUUUGUGCACAUUGUCACUUUUUUUUUUUUUCUGGUCCUUUCCCUUUCCAGUCUCUUGUACACAUUUUAAUAAAACAAAGGUUAGAUUCUGACCUACAAAACAAUAGUA